AUGACUCUUAACAUAAGGGGUUUGGGGGUGGGAGGUAAAGGGAGUUGGGUUAGGGAGUGUAAAAGGGUGAAUGAAAUUGAAUUUUUGCUUCUUCAAGAAACUCAGUGUAGUUAUGUUAAUGGGAUCAACCUGGUGGAUUUUUGGGGGAAUUCUGAAUUUUUAGAAGACCAUGUAGAUGCUUCAGGAAGGUCUGGGGGUUUGAUAAAUUUGUGGGACAAGAAGGUUUUUGACAUAACUGAGACGGUUUGGGAUAGGAAUUUUCUAUUGUCUAGAGGCUUUCUAAAAGGAGACGGGUCUGAAGUGAAUGUUCUCAACGUUUAUGGGCCUCAGAACGUUGUUGAGAAAUGGAUUCUGUGGGGUAAAAUUGGGGAAUUGAUCAGCAGAUUUCAAGGGUUGUGGGUAGUGGCUGGAGAUUUUAAUUCGGUCAGGGUGAGGGUGGUGACUGAUAUGAGAAAUUCCAUGUUUAAUUCUCUUGCUGCAAAUGAUUUUAAUAGUUUUAUUAACGAUGUUAUACUUCAUGAAUAUGCGUUGAAAGUAUCCAAAACUUUGGAGGAGUUUGAGGGGUUUGGAGCUCCGGAUGUCAGGCUUAUGAGCAAGUUCAGGAAAUUAAGGCAGGCUAUCAAUACUUCGAAAGAUGAGGUUAAGAUGGUGGAAAAUGAAGACGAAGUCAUUAAUAGAAACGAAAUUGAGGAGUUGGAACAGAUCUUAGACGACAGGAACCUUUCUAAGGAGGAGAAUUGGAUAUGGGUAGAAAGUAAGAAGAGGUUGCUCGAGUUGGAUAGAUUUAAAAGAUUAGAUCUCAGGCAGCCAGCGAGGAACAAAUGGGCAGGGUUGGGAGACGAGAAUACUAAGUAUUUCCAUGGUGCUAUCAAUAAAAGAAAGGCGGUUAAUAGUAUUAUGGGGCUGAAGAUUAAUGGAGUUUGGGUGUCUAAACCUGUCAAAGUUAAAAAAGAAGUGUAUAAUUACUUCCGCAAUCGUUUUGUUGAAAGAUGGAAAGUUUGGCUGAAACUUGUAUGCCAAAAAUUAGGCAGGUUAUCUGACGAAGAGGGGGUGAUGUUAAUAGAUUCUUUUUCGGAUGAGGAGAUCAAAGAAGCAGUUUUUGGUUGUGGGGAUGACAAAGCUCCCGGGCCAGACGGGUUUAAUUCUAAAUUGGCGAAUUGGAAAUAA